AUCUUGGUUGUAUGGCUUCAUUUGAAAUGGUGAACGUGCUUGAGCACUGCAGACUAGCCCCAGCUCCGGGCACAGUCGAUGAGAAGUCACUUCCUCUCACCUUCUUCGACAUACCAUGGCUGCAUUUUCCUCUAAUCCAACACCUUUUUUUCUAUGAAUUCCCUUACCCUAAGUCCCAUUUCAUAGACACCAUUAUUCCACUACUUAAACACUCACUUUCCCUCGCUCUCAAGCACUUUUAUCCCUUUGCUGGAAAGUUGAUAUUUCCUCCAAAUUUUGGUAAGCCUGAAAUUCGUUACGUCAGUGGCGAUGCUGUUUCCCUAGUCUUUGCAGAGUCUAAGAAAGACUUCAAUCAUAUCACUGGAAAUCACCAACGAAACGUUGCUGAAUUUCAUUCUCUUGUAGCCCAAUUACCACCAGUGUCCAUAUUAUCAGACUCACUGGUGGCCCCACUUUUAGCUGUUCAAGUGACACUUUUUCCGAACUCUGGGAUUUGUAUUGGAUUCACUUUUCGCCGUGUAACUGCAGAUGGCAAUGCAUGUACAAGAUUCAUAAGAUCAUGGGCUAGUAUUAAUAAAGUAGGCAGAGAGACCACCAUGGUGGAGAGUGGUACCCUCCCAUUCUAUGAUCGGACCAUGGUCAAGGACCCGAAUGGGUUAGCAUCAGUUUUUUGGGACCAUGUGGGGAAAAUAAAGUUUGAAGGGUCUCAACGUCAGCUCUCCACCAACAAGGUCAUAGCCACAUUUAUUCUGGGCCAAUCCCAUGUCCAGCAGCUCAAAAAAUGGGUCCUGUCUCAAUGCCCAACAUCAUCACAUGUGUCAACUUUCACAGUGACAUGCGCUUAUGUGUGGACCUGUAUGGUAAAAGCCCGAGAAAGAAGUGGUGAGAAGGUGACUGAAGAUGAAUUAGAACACUUUGUUUUUGGGGCAGAUUGCAGAGCUCUCUUGCAGCCCCCAUUGCCUGCAACCUACUUUGGUAACUGCUUGGUAUCAUGCUUUGCAACUACAAAAACAAAGGAACUGAUGGGGGACAACGGCUUCAUAGUCGCAGCCAAAACGAUAGGAGAAGCAAUUCAAGAGAGGCUUCGGAAGAAGGAAGGAGUAUUAAAAGAUGCAGAGAAAUGGAUAUCAGAGUUUGAAACUCGAAAAGAGGAUCGAAUAGUCGGAGUCGCAGGAUCACCAAGGUUUGCAGUCUAUGAUAUAGAUUUCGGGUUGGGGAAGCCUAAGAAAAGUGAGGUGGUGUCGAUAGAUAUGACAGGUUCCAUCUCACUUAAUGAGUGCAAAAAUGACAAAGAAAGUUUUGAGAUUGGCUUGUCUCUUCCCAAGAUCAAGAUGGAUGCCUUCGAGGAUAUCUUUGCUAAUGGGUUCCAAGUUUAGCAAAAUUGGGAAGGAUGCACUUUUGUUUCUUCUUUCUUUUUAUCUGUCCUCACAUUGAUGUUGCAUCAACUAGUCGUUGAUUCAAGUUGGAGUUAAUCUAUAUCUAUAUAUUUACUUUUA